GAACAGAUCUGGAUAGCAGCGAAAACAAAAGGAAGAGUCCGACCCACAUCCACACCUGCCUGUUUCACACUGGAUUUAUGUUGGAGGGCUGGUCAUGCGCCGUUGACUCCUCUCUUUUGGGAAUACCAAUCAAUGCAAAUCAAAGCUGUUAUUAGGAAGUGCGAUCCUUUAAAAGAUGAGCGCCGAGAGGAUCAUCUUAUUUCCAGGACACAUAUUUUCCCGUGUUGUUUCGCGGCUCACGUUGCGUCCACAGCUAUAGUUCUCGCCUGUGGAGGGAAGAUGACUUUCUACGAUGGCAUUUACCCGUUUUACCCGCUACAAAGGAGCCCGUUCAUCGUCGACAUCAGUCUGCUGGUCGUGAUCCUGGUUUUCUCGGUUCUGGCUGUCAGUUUCCUCUUCAUUCUACCGGGAAUACGUGGCAAAUCGAGACUGUUCUGGAUGUUCAGGAUAACCAUUAGUUUAUUUAUUGGAACAGUUUUAGUAGCAUUGAAUUUUACUGGAGACUGGGCUGAAGCCAGCGUGAAGGCCAACGCCAGCUACAAAUCCUUCAGUAAUGCUGUGGUGUCUGCUGAGGUGGGGCUUCAUGUGGGGCUGUAUGGCAUAAACAUCACACUUAAAGGUGAACCAGUAUCGCAGAUAAAUGAGACCAUUGACUACAAUGAGAUCUUCAGGUGGUCGAGCAGCGUAGAUGAGCAGUACGAUGACGCGCUGAAGCGAGGUCUUCCCAACCCCAUCCUUUACAUCGCAGAGAAGUUCACUCGCAACAGCGCCUGCGGCCUCAUCUACCAGUACAGAUACUCAGGCCGCUUCGCCUCAGCCAAUCUGUGGACGGCUUUUUGCUGCUGGCUCGUGGCCAAUAUCCUCUUCUUAAUGCCUGUCAUCCUCUACGCCGGGUACAUGAUGAUAGCCACGGCCGCUUUCAUCUUCUUCUCCAUGGCUUCCUUCUCAACUAUAUUCAAUGUGAUCCCAUGUGACUUCAGUAUAGGUGCAGAGUCCUUAAAGACAGAUUACAGCCAUUCCUUCUGGAUCGCUUUGGCUACAGGUUUGCUGUGCGCUGUGAUUGGUUUGGUGGUGGUGCUACUGGAUUGUCUGUUUCCUGCGAGGAUGAGGGAGGUGUUCAGUGUGGGCGUGGACAACGAGGAUGACGAAUGCCACACUGGUGAAGGCUACCUCAACUCAGGCUUUCUAGAGGGAGUGAUCUAUGAUGACGACACACAGACGGGAAAUGUCUCCAUGUCUCAGCAGAUCACUACAUUAACAAGACUUUGACGGGCAGUUUGAUGUCAUCUACAACUACUACUUGAAAACUUUCAGACUGAAUUGCUGGGAGCAUCUGUACAUAGAACUGUUACUGAUCCAGCUGUUCUAUACAAACUGUAUAUUCAUAUGUAUAUAUGUACAUAACACGACAAAAUAACAUACAAAUUCUACAAUGUGUCUGUUUUCAUUAUUUCUGUUCCAGUUCUUUUUAGUCAAAUGAGAUAUAAUUUGGCAAUACCACGACUAAAUUCAUAUCCACAUGAGCAUAAUUCGUUACAUUUAAAAUAUAGACUGCAUAGGCUUUUUUCAAUGUGUGAGCUAUCGGAAUAUGGAAGUUCAUUAUUAAUUAUUAUAAAAUAAUUCAU